AUGUUAUUGCUACAAUUAAAUAAGAUUGACAAAUCACCUUUUGGUAGAACAUUUUUUGAUACUAUCUGGCUCGAACUCUAAACAGGAGAUCCAUUGGUGAGAUAACUCUAAACCUUUACUGAUUUAGAAGAUAGAUAUGUUGCCGAAUAAAAAGAAGAGAAUGCCAGAAAUUACGAAUACUAAGAUGCAUGCACAAUUUUAAGAUUAUUGACUCAUACUAUUUUAGGACAUUUCUGCCUUUGACAAAGAUUUGGCUGAGUCUAAUAGAUAAAAGAUUGAAUUAGAAGCUAGAUUAAAAGGAUAAUUAUAUCCAUAAAGAGGAAUCUUAUAAGGAUUAGUUGCUUAAAAAUAAGCUGAAGUCAAGGGAUACUAACAAGAUUUAGAUGAACUUGAUGCUUAAAGAGCUGAAGAAAAUGCUGACUAUGAAGAGAAAGUAUUAGAACACAAAGAAGCCACAGCUAUUAUUGCUGAAGCUAGAAGACUUUUUGCUGAUAACAUUGAACACUAAUCUUUCAUCUAAAAAGGAAAAGCCACUAAAUAAUCAAUCCACAAAUUCAUAAAAGAGGUUUCUAGCAUGAUCUAAAAGCAUUUCACUUAAUCAGCUAAGAAAACUGCUAAAUUUUAACACAGAAAGGGAUAUAGCAAAUAAUUCAAAGCUUUUGCCAUAAUCGCUUCCAAGAGAAGUCUCAAAGAUUAUUGA